CUAAUAUUGAAAAUUUCCGUGAAAUGAAACCAUUGGAGAUAGUACAACCAUGGCGAUCUUUCUUAGACGAUCGUUCUCAUUUAGAAACGUCCUUCUCAUUCGGAGCUCCGCUCUGCACGUUAGAGAUUUCUCGCACUUGAUCAGCUCGGACUAUGGCGUCUGCAACUCCGAGACACGGAGGAUUCUCACUCUUCCGGCUAUUGAUUUCAUCAGAGAAGGUCGCAGAGGAUUCGCCAAAGGCCGCAAGUCAAAGGAUGAUUCUGCUGCGAGUUCAGUUGAAGUAUUACCAGAUAUGGGGCCGACGAUUAAGUCCAAUGCAACCUCACAGAUGGAAGCGGCCAUUGCUGCAUUAUCAGGGGAGUUAACCAAACUCCGAACUGGAAGGGCAUCCGCAGGAAUGCUCGACCACAUUAUAGUGGACACUGGUGAUGUGAAGUUGCCUUUGAAUCAGAUAGCUGUUGUUUCGGUCAUUGACUCUAAAACCUUAUCGAUAAAUCCUUUUGAUCCCACUGCUCUGAAAAGCAUGGAGAGCGCCAUCGUUUCGUCUCCCUUGGGGCUGAAUCCCAGGGUGGAUGGUGAGCGCUUGAUUGCAGUUAUUCCUCCAUUGACCAAAGAACAUAUUCAGGCUGUAUGUAAAGUGGUUAUGAAGUCUUGUGAAGAUGCCAGACAAAGUAUUAGAAGGGCUCGUCAAAAGGCAAUGGAUACAAUAAAGAAAUUGCAAUCAAGUUACCCCAAAGAUGAUUUAAAAAGAUUGGAGAAAGAGGUUGAAGAGUUGACCAAAAAGUUCAUCAAGACAGCAGAGGACCUAUCCAAGGCAAAGGAGAAGGAGAUCACAAGCUAAGCAGUGGUGCAGUAUCAUUUUUUUUUUCAUGUUGCAGAAAGAGCCCACCACACCAUUGUUAGAAAAGAAUCAACCCUUUCCACUGAGUGGAUUCUUUGAUCGAUUACAUAUUGUUUUACAUAGGUUUUCCGUUGAAAUGUUUCCCAUAUUGCCGAUUAGCUUACUGGUUCGAUAAAAUGAGCUUAAGGUGAUAAAGAGUUCUAAAAUUCUACAAUUUUGCGGGAAUAAAGACAAUUUUUCCUAUCAUGAUUUAUAAUGGCAUACAGGUAUCUUUCUUGUAUUGUAAUGCCACCAACCAAUUAUUAUAAAGCACUUGACCUUUUGUGAA